AUGGCGGCACACCCGGUUUGCGCGCAUUGCGAAAGGGCCGAAGAGGAAGCCGACGUGCAGAGCUGCAUGGGUUGCAGCGCUCCCAUGCAGGCGGGAUGCGGACGCUGUGCGUGCGGAAAGCCGGAGUCCGGCCGUGAUUGUUGCUGUCGGCGCGUCUGCCGGGCGUGCCGCGAGGCCGACGGACGGCCGCGGGAGGGCGGGGGCCUUAUGGGCGACGCCCGCCGAUCGCCUGCGGACGGGCAAGCGAGCGCCCAGGCCACGUGGCAGCAGAGCGAGGCGUUCCGUGAAGUUGACGACUUUUGCAAGGACGAGGAUGGCGAUGGUCCGGAUUGCGCCAGGGACGAAAGCUCUGGAAGGGUCGGGGGCGCGGGCGGUGACCGAGGCUACGAUGCGGAGGAGCAGAUGGUUGAUCGGCGGACAACGGAGUGUGCGGAUCGCCAGCCUGGCGUGAAUCAACAAGCGUCUGCCGUCGCUGGAGCACAGGAGCAAUUUGCGGAUCUGGCCGUUGAUGCGUCGACUGCUGUGGGAGCGCUUCCCGCGAAUGGAAGUUCCGGCGGUGUUCUGGGUGGCGCGGGCGAGCGGCACGAAGAAGCGCCAGUUGCGUCCCAAAGGAAAAGAAACAGGCUGAGCUUGGAGAAGAAGGUGGAGGUGUACAAUGCACUGAUCGAGGGGAAGGGGACUCUCGCCAACUUUGCUCAGCGUUAUGGUAUUUCCUUGACGUGCGUGAAAAAGAUUAAGAAAGAAGGCCCGCAGCUGGUGAGGCGGUUGGAAGGGGCGAACAUCAAGGGCAGCACCAAAACGGUGAGGAAGAUGCCCUGGCCCAAACUCGAGAAGGGGGUGAUGCAGUGCUUUGAGGUCGCACGCGAGCAGGGUUCGCCUCUGACGAGGAAGGCGAUUAUGUCAAUGGGCCUGAUGGUCAGGGACAACCUUCUUGCCAGUGAUGGACUGAAGGACAGUGAGCGUGUGGAGUUGGAGCAUUUCUCAGCCUCUGUGAGCUGGGCUCGAAGUGUGAUUUCACGACAUGGACUCAGACACACCAGACUGCAUGGUGAAGCUGACUCUUCAGACCACGGGUGA